AUGUUUUCAAUGAUCUUCAUACUUCCAAUAAUUAUACCCAAUGGAUCAAAAUGGAUUACAUCUGGAGCUUAUAUUGGCAUGAUUUCAUUUACUGCACUUUAUGAAUCCUGUUUGAGUUCAAUUAUACCAGGAUUGAUUAGACAAGGCGAGGAUUCAAAAGAGGUUAGUGGGCGAAGUAUGAUCUUUAGCGAUUUUGGUGCAUUGAGCGUUUUGAUAGCUGGUUAUAUCUUUGCAUUAGCUGAGAUAAGUCUAAACUACUGCGUCUUUGGUAUUGGAUUGAUUGUAUUUAGCAUUAGCUUUCAGUUGAAAAAAUUGGGUCAAGGUGAGAAUCGAAUGUUACAAUGGAGGAGUAAUGUUAUAAAACUAUGCAUUGCUUGGGGGUUAUGGAAUUGUGGAAUGGUUAAUUUUAUGAUGAUUGUAAAUAUGAAGUUCAGGAAACUGUACCUUGGCAAUGACCCCAUGUAUACUGGUUUUAUGAUUUGGAGUUUUACGUGUGCAGCUUUCGGAACAUUCUGUUGGAUGAAGAUUGGAAACAUUGGUCGUUGCUGGGUUUAUGGACUGUCCUUAUUUACCAUGGCAAUUUAUUUAUAUGUAAUAGUUGGAGUCUUUGAUUGGAAUCCUCUUGGAUUAAAGUAUGGAAUUGAGUUUUGGGUCAUCGAGUGUCUAUACAUAGCUAUCUCAAGCUCAUUCAGGUCUUUGAACCGUGCCCUUUAUAGUGAAGUAUUACCCAAAGGUGAAGAAUCACAAUUUUUUGGACUCGAGAUCUUAGUUGGUAUUGUGGGGAACUGGAUUAUUGGUUACUUGGGAUCCAUUAUUAAGACAAGGUUUGAAAAAGACGGGUUUGUUGUUAUAGUUAGUCUAGUGAUGAGUAUGGCGUCACUUGCCGUGUAUGGUCAGUGUGAUCUAAACUAA